AUGUCGGACGGGAAAACUAAACCAGACUACGGAGCUAUCCCGAGCGCGCGCGAGGAACUGCGCCGCUGCCUGCCGCUGACGGCCGGCUCCUCCUGCCGGCAGGUGACGAGCAUGCCGGCCCCGACGCUGCCGCCGCCAGCCAGUCUUCCAGGCGGCCUGACGCGACGCGAUGGCCCGCAAGCUGCGACCCCCGGACGCGGCCGCCGCUCGCGCGCGCACUGCCUGCCCCUCUGCCUGAGCCUCGAUAAAAGUCAUGAAAUUGCACAGGAGGACAAAGACUGCAUACGUCAAUAUAUUUUAUUUUUCAGGGAGCAGCUGCGCUCAGCUGAGGAGGCAGCCAUGGAGGCGACCGCGCCGCAGCCACAGCCGCAGCCGCAGCCGCAGACGGCGCAGCCCGGCUGCGGGCCGAGCGCGCCGGGCGCCUCCGCCGCCGCCGCCGCCAGCGUCGGCGUCGGCCUCGGCCUCGGCGUCGGCGUCGGCGUCGGCAGCUACGCGCACAGCGUCGACCUCAUCAUCGGCGACUUCAUGGAGCGCCUCGGGUCGCGGCUCAGCAUCCUCGAGACCGAGCUCAAGUACGCGUGGAGGGCGCUCGACCUGCUGUCGCAGGAGUACCUCAAGAUGUGGGAACGCCUCGAGAAGCUCGAACUGCUGCUGUACGAGCAGCAGGCCGUGAUCGCGCAGCUGCUCGACUUCUACACGGCGGUGGGCACCGGCGAGGCGGGCGACGAGCGCGUGCCCGUCGUCACGGCCGAGGACCUGGAGGCGGAGCGGCUCUCGCGGGAGAUCACGUCGCUGCUGCAGCAGACCGCGUCGGCGUCGGCGUCGGCCGGCCCGUCGGCGGCGGCGGCGGCUGCGGGGGCGGCGGAGCGGCGCGCGGCGGCCGUGGCGGCGGCGGCGGCGGCCGCUGCUGCUGCUGCGGCGGCGGCGGCGGCGUCGGGUGCCGACGACGUGCUGCACGUCCCCGACGAGGCCUUCUACCGCAGCCUCAACAACGCCUACCGCGACGACCUGGUGACGCCGGCGGACGUGGCCGCCGUGCCGCCCAUCGCGACGUCGCAGCUCGGCAUGAUCUGGGAGGAAGCGGAGGACGUGGAGGAGAACGGCGCUUCCGUCACUGUCACCACCAAGGAAGAGCAGCCGAGCGCCGGUAGCAGCGUGGGCGACGCCGAGGAAGAGGUGGAGGUGUACAGCGCGCUCGACUACAAGGACUACCGCGGGGACUCCCCUUGCGUGAGCGAGCAGGACCUGGCGCGGCUGAGCGCCAUCGACCAGGUCGCGCUGGAGAAGCUGCAGGAGCUGGACCGGCUGACGUCGAAGCUGCAGAGAGACUCGCGGGACCUGCGCGAGCUGCAGGACCGCCUGCUGCUGGACACGCCGGCCGGGUCGGCGCUCGCCGAGGAGAAGGCCGCCGCCGCCGCCGCCGCCGCCGCCGCCGGCGACACCAGCGUCAUCGACCAGCAGCUGCGCCAGAUCUACGUGGACGCCGACCUGGACGGCUGGAGCUGCCUGUCCGACCUGGGCAAGUCGCGCUCCAGCUCGCGCCUCUCCACCGACAGUGGCACCACCGACCCGGAGGUGGCGGCUGCGCUGCGCUCGGCCGGCGCCGCCCCCGGGUCCGCGCCCUCGCCGCGGGCCUCGCCCCGGCCGCACCGCCGCCUCUACUCCGACGUGGCGCCGCCGCGGUACGACUACGACAAGCUGCCGUCGCCGGCGGGCAGCCUGCGCACGCGGCAGGACGGCUACGUGGGCGGGUCGACGCCGCCGCCGCCCCCUCCGCCGCCGGCGCCGUCGGGCCAGCGCGGACAGCUGGACCUGGACCUGUCGGCGACGCCCAGCCCGUCGCCUUCGAGCCCGCCACCGCCAGCGCCGCCGGACCACUUCCCUCUGCCCGGCAAAGACACCCUAUCUUCCGCCGCGUCCUCCAGACCGCCUCCACCCGGGAGCCCGGCGCCGUUCGCGGCUCCCAAAUCUGCGUCAAUUACUUCUCUCUCUUCCGAGCUGCAGCAGCAGCAGCAGGGUAGGCUCAGUCCGAGGACGCCGCACUCCCCGAAGUCGCCGCGAAUGUCUCCAAAAAAUGUGCUCAAGUUGUCUUCGUCUUCUAACAUAUGUACCGCCAAAUCGGAUUCGGGGCUGUCGUCUAUGAGCGGUUGGUCGAGUGUCGAAAAGUCACCCGGGUCGCCCAAGAGCUCGUCCAACAAGACCCCGCCUUCCUCGUACGCGACGGCGGCGGAAGCGCUGAUGCUGGGGAAGACGGAUGCGUUCCCGCAGCCGGGCGACAUCAGCCCCCGUCCGCACACCAGUUCCUACGGCGACUUCCUGUACCGCAGCGAGCAGCCGGCCAUAUACUCCGUAGCGGGCAGCAACCGCCAACAACAGGCCUACACUUCGGUCUACACUAGCGGUACGGCUAGUUACAAGCCUACCGUAGGGGGAUUCCCCGACCUCGUCGAACCGUGCAACAACAACGAACAAAACAAUCUAGUCGGCGGCUACCGCAGCUACCGAGACGACCUUCAACAGCAGCAAAAUAAUUACCGUUACAACGACCGAGGAAGCAGCAGUGACCGCAAAUAUCAGCAGCAGCACCAGCCGGUGUAUCGGUACUACCCCGACAACGAAACGCCGAGCUCUUACCGCUACAUGGCCGAGCCACGAGGGCAGCCACCCACCAGGAGUCUAUCGACGAGCGUUUACCCCACUACGUCCGCUCCCGUCGGUCAGCAGUAUCCUAGCAAAAAGUCCCUCCAGCGCGGCCAUUCGACGGGCUCUGUUCCCAGCCAGGGUGUUUCCAAUAUGGAGGGCUACAAGACGGCCAUGUACAGGACUAUGUUCCCCACCGGCAAUAUUACUGACGCUCUUUCUUAUUAUCCCACAAGCAAUCGCUAUGACAAUAAUGUAAUGAUGCAGCAGCAGCAACAACAGCAAAUACAAGGCGGUAACUAUGCCCAGCAGUGGGCACCACUGGAUCAACAACAGAGUAUCAGUGUUGCAGGAAUGACUAUGAAACGUGACCACACGUCAAGUUCGAUUAGGUCUGUCGAGACGACGCAGCAGCAACAGCAGGAUCACGCAUAUAUGAUGGCACAGUAUGACCCGAGACGGCAGCAGGACGCUACGUCGGAUAGACGAGAAGAUUACGGUGGUCCACGCGAGUACACCUGGAGCCAGCGGUCAGAUUUAGAGCUAGAUCUACGCAAUAGGAACCUUCCCGAGCACCACCACCUCAUACAAGACGGUCCAGAGUACUUCGAUCCGAGCAGUGUGAUAGUCUCCCAGUCUGGUUACAUCUCCAUAGCAGCCGAUAUCAAAGAUCCAACCUACGCAGUGGAGGAGCGGUCGAGCAAGAGGGGAAAGCUGAAAUCUGCCAUGAGCUCAGUCAGCAGCUGGCUGCCAGACUUGCACUUGUCUAGCAAGCGACACCGCUCCCAUUCACUGCCGGCUGGCGUGCGCCGCGAAGAUCUGGCGAUGGGAGGCAAGGCGACCAGUCGCACAAACGCCGCCUCCAAACAACAGUACGUCAGCACGCUGCCCCGCAAAAAGAAGAAGAACCCUCUGGUUUCUACGGUCUCGGGCAUCUUGCAGAAGGCCAAACGUAAGGGCAGCAGUGGCGCCCACUCGCUGUCAGAUCCGGAACAGUCGGAAACGGAGUGGAGCGGACGAACCAGCGUCGUAUCCGACAGCGAGGAUAGCGUCUUCUCCGAUGCUGCGACGCCAGAACACGGUCCUGUAUUCGUCAAAGUGCAACGACAACAGCAGCAGCAACAACAACAACAACAACAACAACAGCAGCAGCAACAACAACAACAGCAGCAGCAGCAGCAGCAGCAACAACAACAACAACAACAGCAGCAACAACAGCAACAGCAACAUCAGCAGUACCUGCAGGAGCAGGCGAUACUAAUUCAACAACAGCAACAGCAACUUAUGGACCAGGAACAGCUGUCCCUCCAGCAACAGCAGCAGGUACUGCAGAAGCAACAGCAGCAGAUCGAGAAGCAACAGCAACAAAUCGACAAACAGCAACAGCAGAUCGAGAAGCAGCAGCUGCAGUUGAAAAUAGAAGAGUCCAACUUGGCGGCUGCGCAGCCGGAACCCAAGGCGGAGAUACCGAAAAGCAGCAGCAAGCCGAUCGACCUGGCCGAGUCGGCGUCGCUGUUCGCGACGGUGGGCGACGUGAAACGCAGUUCGGCCCCGACGCAGCCGGCGACCACUCCGGAGGACGGCGCGCCGCCGCCCGCCGACAAGAUCCACCUGCCGCCAGGGGCCAUCGGAGGCGCGUCGCGCGAGUUUGCCGUCUCGCGGGCGCUCGGCAAGUACCGCCAGAGGCAGUCCUCCACCGUGUCUGAGGACCAGACGGGGGCCGAGGACGCUGUCGGCACUGGUGCCAACAAGAUGGCCGACGACAGCCAGUCGCAGAUGUUCUCGGAAGAGGAGGACGAGGAGUUGGAGGACCAGCAGCAGCAGCAGCAGGAGACGGAAGUGGAGCGGAAAGUGAAAGCGAUGCAGGAGGGAAACGAGCCAGCCCCGCAGCCGGCCCCCCGGGGAAGCCCCUCGCAGUCCGGCGUGCGGGGCGUGACGCCAGGGGGCCCCCCUCCGCAGCCGCGGCAGAGCCUCGAGGUGCCGUGGGGCCGCGACCUGCCGCAGGCGCAGGACGACGACGUGCGCAGCACGCACUCGUGGCGGAGCGCGUCGCGCGUGUCGUCGCGCCGACAGAGCACCGAGGACAGCAUAGACAGCGAGGACGAGUGGUACUGCUACGAGCUGCGCAAGCUCGAGGAGCUGGAGCGCCGCGUAGAGACCGGCGUGCUUCUCGAGCCGGAGCCACCAUCGUUCGAGCCGGGCGAGGACAUCAAGGAGCAGAUGUCCUUCGUCCUGCAGGAGCUGCGGCUCAAGACGCGCCUCGUGGAGGCAGACGAGCAACCUCGCAGGGUCAGAGCCUCCGACCUAUGGGGACCCGAAGAAGAGGACCAACUGGAGGUGCCGCCCACAGGGGCAGCUGCAGUCGCGGCCGAUGAGAGGCGCCGAUCCUCCGACGAAGAGUCUUCGUCGGGGGAGACGAGUGGCCCCGAUAGCCCCGACGAGGACGACAUGCUGUACGACGAAAUGAGGGAGGCGGAGCGCGGCCCUGUCUCUGUACAGGAGUACGAGGGGCCGACGGCGGCCGACCGAGACCGCGAGCAGCUGGUGGACGAUUCUGCCGCCACCCCAGCGGCGGUGGCGCCGCCUCCGGGGGCGGGAGGUCCCGGCAGCAAGUGGAAGCUGCUGAAGGCGCUCAAGGAGCGCAAGGCGGAGGAGAAGAUACACGAAGCGGCCGCCGCGGCGACCCCGGGCGCCAGCACGUGCGCCAGCACGGCCGCUUCUGUAAGUAGGUUCGGGCCGAGCGCCGUCGGCAUUGCUGCCGCCCAGCGCCUGUGA